AUGGCGCUCUUUUGUCCGACUUGCCACAACAUGCUGCUCGUUCGGCAGGAAGUGACGAUGCAGUUUCACUGUCAAACGUGUCCCUACGUCUUCAACAUCAAGGAAAAACUGACCAGGAAAUUGCCCUUGACUCCUAAGAAGGCAGACGAACCUCUCGAUGAACAUCAAGAAGCUUCUCGCGGCGCAAAGGCACCAGCUUCUUGCCCCAAGUGUUCGCACACAGAAGCGUAUUUCUACGAGAUCCAAAUUCGCUCGGCAGACGAGCCGAUGACUGCUUUCUACUGUUGCUGCAAUUGCCGCUUCCGGUGGAGGGAAAAUUAA